UGUGUCUGCUGAACGCGGUCAUUGAUACUCACGUCUCUUUCGUCGUUAUAUCUGGAUCGAAUGCGUCUUCUUCUUCUUCUUCACCCGAUUGGAUUUCUGUCUUUUACAAGAUAAAGUACCAUUUGUUCUAAUAUCCGGUAGACAACAGUCGUGGGGAAGAGAUUAACCAAUCACAAUCGAGUAUUCUUAUAAAACUCUACUGUGAUUGGCCAGUUUCUUACGGCUUAAAGCUUAAAAUGUCACAAUUGGCGACAUUGACCGAGUUGCCGAGGAAACCGCAGUGACCGCAGCUUUCAAAAGUUUUGCGAUGGCCGGUAGCGCCAAUGAAGACAAAAUUUUUCGCAUAAACAAUCGUUUAUGCCACUUUUCGAGGAAUGGAGCGUAUCUGGCACUGGCGUUCCAAACAAAUUUGGUUAUAAAGCAUGCGAAGACUCUCGCUACUUGCCAAUCGUUUGUAUUCGUAGACGUGAUACAGCACAUGGAAUGGUCUUUAAACAGCGAAUAUAUUCUUUGUGCGAAUACAAAAAGGACUAUUAUACAGGUAUAUUCUGUGCGCUAUCCCCAAUGGAAAUGUAAACUUACUGAAGGCAGUGCAGGUUUGCAAGGUGUUACUUGGUCUCCAGAUAGCAAAUGCAUUCUCACUAUAGCAGAUUUUAAUAUUCAAAUAUCCGUUUGGAAUUUGGAAGAGCAAACCGUAUCAUACAUACAGAACAUAAAAUCAUCUUCCUUUGACAAAUUACAUUUUAGUCUCAAUGGUAAGAGGCUAGCGAUAAUAGUUACAGAGGAAGGUCAAGACACAGUAGAGAUUUAUAAGACUGAAAAUUGGAAGAUAAGUCGAAAACUUAUCUGUGAUCGUUUACGCGGAAUCGACGGGAUUCGCUGGUCGCCGAACGAUGAAUUGUUAUGCAUAUGGUGUUCCUCUCCCGCCGAGCCAAAGCUGAUCGUUUAUUCCACUGCAUUAGAGAAACAUGUGAUGGUGUUUUCCCCGUUGGAAAUGACACAGCUAUCUGCGUGCAAUUAUGGAAAAGAGCUAAGAGGAAUUGAAAAUGUCGCAUGGAUCCCUAGCGGACAACUGUUGGCUGUAAUUGGCUUUAAUGAAGUGAUCAUCCUUCUUAAUUACAUCACGUGGCAACCGUUAUCGAAGUUAUACAUGGACCCAAUAAUCAGAGAAUGUAAUUACUUGACAAAAGUAUACAAGGAAUGCGCUGAUUCGGAGAAAGUUUCUAACAAACGCUUUGCGUCCUGCGAGGAACGCGUUUUACGUGAGAUACAUGAACGUCCUAUAUGCAUUGAAAUUGGGAAGAAGGACGAUAACGACAAUUUCUCGGUGGCGAAAAUAAAACUGUUUGAAUUUAGCACAUGUGGACAAUAUCUGGCCUUAAAACAUGAGCUUUAUCCUACUACUUUGUGGAUAUGGGAUAUCUGUACGGAUUAUCUGGAUUAUUUGCUACUUGAAAAUCCCAUUACAGCUAUCAAGUGGAGUCCCGUUUAUCCACGAUUGCUCGUGUUGUCCGAGUGUACACGCGUGUAUGAAUGGACCCGAAAAGGCGCAAAUUCUCUGCCAAUAUCUAAAAAUAUGUUAGUUGUAGACGCGUAUUGGCAUCCUACGGGAGAAAAAGUUGUGUUGUGCGGCUAUAAUAAAGCGAUGAUUUAUGAAAGUAUGAGUACAUCUUAAUAAAUAUAAUAAUUGUUUUAUUGUGUAAAUUUAUUAUAGUGAUUGUAAAUAAUUCAUAAAUGUGUAAUAUUUAUAUUUAAUAAUAAUAAAAUUUUAUACAUAUUUA